AUGUCUUCCAAGAUAGAAAAGCCGCUGCGGAUAGGCUUCGUGCCUGAGCACUUCUCGGCCCCGCUCGUCUUCGCCAAAAAACACUUCAACCUCGACUGCUCCCUCAUCCCCUUCCCCUCCGGCACCGGACACAUGGUCACCUCUCUCCAAGCAGGGGAGCUCGACAUGGCCGUAGGUCUGACCGAAGGCUGGAUCUCCGCAAUCUGCAAGGCGGAGGUCGCGCGGAAGAACCCCGGGUUCAAGCUUGUGGGAACGUAUGUGCGGAGUCCGCUGCGGUGGGCGAUAUCGACUGGAGCGGGCAGGGACGACAUCAAGGGUAUUGCGGAUUUGAAGGGUGGGGUCGUGGGGGUGUCGAGGAUGGGAAGCGGGAGCUAUGUCAUGAGUUAUAUGCUUGCCAUGCAGCAAGGCUGGGUAAAGCCUAUGGCGGGGGAACAUUCGCCAUUUCAGGUGGAAGAGUUGAAUACAUUUGGGAGGUUGAGGGAAGGGGUGAAUGACAAGACGGCGGAUUUCUUCAUGUGGGAGUACUUCACGACGAAGCGGUAUUACGAUAAUGGCGAGUUGAAGCACAUCGGGGAUGUGUAUACGCCGUGGCCGAGCUGGAUGAUUGUUGCUUCGAGCCAGUUAGCACAACCGGUGGGCAGUACGGGGCAUGAGACCGUGCUGGAUACAUUGCAGAAGGUCGACGAAGGCAUCAAGUACUUCCAAAAGAAUCAGGAAGAAGCAGUGGAGUACAUCAGCACAAAGAUGGACUACUCGGAAGCGGAUGCACGCGAGUGGCUGAAGACGGUUGAGUUCCAGCAACACGUCAAUAGCCUCAAUGCCGAGGAAGUCCGGGAUGUGAUCAAAUUCUUGGUUUCGGCGGGCGCGAUUCCGGAGAAGUCACUGGAUGGCGACCUUUUCCACAACAGGGCGAAAUUCGGAAAUCAUUCAUGA